AUGUCCGACACUGAGGAAUUUGUGGAGGAGAAUGAGCAGGAAGAGGAAGAAGAAGAAGAAGAAGAGGAGGAGGUGAAUGAGGAAGAAGAAGAGGAGCAGACGUAUGAUGAGGCAGAGAAGAAAGAGGAGCAUGCAGAGGGGAACGAGCAAGGAGAAGAAUCUAAACCCAGACCCAAGACGACUUAUGUGCCAAACAUUGCUCCUCCAAAGCUCCCUGAUGGUGAGAAAGUGGAUUUCGACGACCUCCACCGCAAGAGAGUAGAGAAGGAUUUCAAUGACCUCCAGACGCUGAUCGAGGUGCACUUCUCCAACCGGCAGAAGGAGGAGGAGGAACUGUUGGCGCUGCGUAGCCGAAUUGAGCACCGCCGCUCUGACAGGGCCGAGCAGCAACGCGUCCGCACCGAGAAGGACCGUGAGCGCCAAACACGGCUGGUAGAGGAGAGGACCAGGCGUGAGGACGAGGCCGCCAAACUGCGCGCCGACGAGGAGGCCAAGAAGAAGAAGAUAUUCACCAACAAGUCCUUUGGAGGCUACCUGCAGAAGGUGGACCAGAAGAAGGGAAAGAAGCUGACGGCGCGGGAGGAGAAGAAGAAGGCCUUGUUGGAGCGCAAGAAGCCGCUCAACAUCGACCACCUGAACCAGGAGAAGCUGGCGGAGAAGGCGCAGGAACUCUGGCAGUGGCUCCACCAGCUCCACGCCGAGAAGUUCGAGCUGGCCGAGAAGCUCAAAAGGCAGAAGUACGACAUCUCAGUGCUCCGAAACCGAGUCAACGACCACCAGAGGGGCUCCAAAGCGUCCAAGACCUCCCGCAGCGCCAAGGGCAAGGCAGGCUCCAGGAAGUGA